AUGGGAAAUUAUUGUCAUUUAGAAGAGACUCCUAAAUCAGAAAAACCAACUCUUAAAAAGUCAAUUAAGGAGAAAAAUGUUAUACAGAAUUUAAUUCUAACAAAUACUUAAUUUUUAGAGUAAUGUUAAGACUUAUACUUCAAAUAAUUUCAUAAGGUAUAGUCAUAGGUCCUAAUUAGAAUAUAGUUGAAAAAGACAUAAGGUCAUUAUCAAAGUUUAUGAAUUAAAAAAUGUUGGAUUCCUCUAUUAAAGGAUUGUAUCCAACUGAAGAAGAAAAAUAAGUUAUAUCAAAAAAUAUCUCUAAAGAUAUUGCAAAAAAAGAAAAACAUAUUUAUAAUUAACUAAUCUUUCAUUAUAGUUAAUUCCUUAAUGAACUAUUUGAUUUAGAUCAAAAUUUACAAUAAAAACCUAUCUCAACAUAUAAGACAGGAGAUAUUAGAGUAAAUGCUUAAUUAAAUCGAAAUACAUAAAUUCGGCGUAGUUUGUCAGACAAUUAUAAGUUUUAAGAUAAACUAUUAUUAUAAGAUUAAAGUAUAUCUUAAAGCAAAAAUAUCGAUCAAAAUAUAAUUAGAUAAUUUUAGGAAAAUAAACAAUUAGCAAACAUAUUUUUAGAUUAAUUAAGCUGUUUUUACAAAUUAUGUUAUUUAAUAAUUGAAUAUGCCUAUUCAAAUUAUAUAGUAUCAAUAUUUGGUACAUCUAUUGAUUCAUUUACAGAUAGAUAUUUAUUGAUAUCAAAAAUAUAUCAAAAAAAUAUCAUAGAAACAAAUCCAUUAAUAUAAAAAUUGAUUACUACUGCUAUUCAAAUCAAAUAUGAAAACCAAUAAUCUUUAAUGAAAUCUGAGCAUAUGUCUCCAGCAAUUUUAUAGUCAUAAUUGAUUCCUGAAUAUGUAGAUAGUAUAUUGAGUGUUGAAUUUGAAAUAGAAUUGUUAGAUUCGAUUGAAUAAAACUAAAAGUAUUCAGAUUAAAAAAAUUAAAAUUUUUAUUACUAUUAGACAUUUUCUACAAUUGAUAGGAUAGUUAAUUGUAAAAUGCCUUGGUUAAAAUUUAACUUAAUUGGAAAAUUGGAUUUAUAAAUUGUUGAUAUUUUCUUAUAAGCUCGUUCAUAAAGCUAAAUAGCUCAUUUUAUAAAUGUAAUUAAACCUGAAGAUUCUAAAGUUGAAGUCUUACUUUAUAUUCUAUAAAGAUAUAUGGCAGCAAGAAAAAAUUUGAAUUUAUCUUAAUGCUAUUAUGAAUUAAGAUGGAUGUAGGAUGAUGAUAAUGUUUUACAUAAAAAAGUAAAAACUAUUACUUGUCCAUAUUUCAGUAGAUUUUUAUCGUUAUAUGAAAUAGCUUUUAAAAAUUAUCACAGAAAAUAAGCCCAACUUUUAUAUAAUUGA